GCCCCCAUCAAGAUGACCGGGGUGUGCCGGGGGGAAAGGGGUAGCAUGAUGGUCUGAGACGGUAAGGGCUACUGCUCCAUUGCAAGCCUCGUCUUGGGGCCUAGGAAUGAAGUGUGGAAAGAUUAGGAAGCUGGGUGAGGUCUGUGGUGGGAGCUAGGAUUAGAGAGUCGGGGAGGGAACAGUGGUGACUGGUGGGGGUGAAGGAUUAAAGAUGGGACGGGGGAGUGCCUGGGGUUCACUCUCCCCAUCGGUGCCCUCUCCCCCCACUCUUCCUGUUCCAGGUCUAGCGUCGGACCAUGUGGAAGUUUCUGGGACUGGGGAGUCGGAUGAUGGCGGGUGGGGCCCGUGGGGGGUAGCGGGAGCAAUAGCGUCCUUUCCCAGGAUAACCACGGCCCAUCCCUUGUCCUCUGGACUGAAAUGGGGAACACGUUGGGCCUGGCACCGAUGGGGGCUUUGCCCCGGCGGAGCCCCCGUCGAGAGGAACCUCUGCCCAACCCUGGGAGCUUCGAUGAGCUGCACCGGCUAUGCAAAGAUGUAUUCCCAGCACAGAUGGAGGGAGUGAAGCUCGUUGUCAACAAGGUUCUGAGCAGCCAUUUCCAGGUGGCUCACACUGUGCACAUGAGUGCUCUGGGCUUGCCCGGCUAUCACCUCCAUGCGGCCUAUGCAGGGGACUGGCAACUUAGCCCCACAGAGACACAGCAAGCCAAGUUCCUGACGUGGCAGUUUGAUGGCGAGUAUCGGGGAGAUGACUACACAGCCACUCUGACCCUAGGAAAUCCUGACCUGAUUGGGGAAUCAGUGAUCAUGGUCGCUCACUUCCUGCAGAGCCUCACUCAUCGGCUGGUGCUGGGAGGAGAGCUAGUUUAUCACCGGCGGCCAGGCGAAGAGGGGGCCAUCUUGACACUGGCUGGGAAGUACUCAGCUGUACACUGGGUAGCUACAUUGAAUGUGGGAUCAGGUGGGGCCCAUGCAAGUUAUUACCAUAGGGCAAAUGAACAGGUUCAGGUUGGAGUGGAGUUUGAGGCAAACACGAGGCUACAAGACACAACCUUCUCCUUUGGUUACCACCUGACUCUGCCCCAGGCCAACAUGGUGUUUAGAGGCUUGGUGGAUAGUAACUGGUGUGUGGGUGCUGUGCUGGAGAAGAAGAUGCCCCCCCUGCCUGUCACCCUAGCCCUCGGAGCCUUCCUUAAUCACUGGCGCAACAGAUUCCAUUGUGGCUUCAGCAUCACUGUGGGCUGAGGUUGUCCUAGAGCCUGCCCUCACAGCAGCUGGAACCUCUGAGUCAGGUGCCCUAGGGCCAGAGACUAGGCCUCUUUCCAGAGCCCACCUUGCUGGGUGACCUUUAGGUCCCAGGACCAGAGUGGGGGACAGGACCAUGCCCUCCUCAGAACUGGAGCUGCCACAGGGACAGCUGACGAGGCAAUGGUUUGAGGCUCCCACAUCUGCCACCAGCCCCGAUAUCAUCUUCCCAGGCUCUUGUGGCUCUAAAGACUAAGGGAGGAUUAAGGGGUAUGUCUGGCUGAAUUGUCUCCCCUCACUCCCCCCUUCUUCGUUUCCCUGUCAAUUAAAGCUCCUAGCCUCUUCCUCUUCAGAGCAGAAAAUUCUGCAUGGGAUUAGCUCCCCAUCCUGUUUUCCAUCCCAGAGCCUCCCAAGGCUGGGAAAGAAGGGCUGACCUUUGACCUCAGAAAGUGGGGCCCACCCAUUCCCAGAAGGAGCUUCUUUACCUCUUAGCACUGAGGCUUCCUCCUUCCCCAUCUUCUGUGCUUCCAGAGAACAACUUUGUCCCCAAGGUCACCCCCUCUCCCCCCCAUGACUGCAUGAAGAGGCAGUUAUUACUUUAAUCUUUCAUUGCAACCACUGGGCUUUCUCCUGGUCCCAAUCUCUGGUCCCAGCCUUUUCCCCUUUCCAGUCCAGUGUGUCCAGAUGGGCUGGGGAAGGAGGUGAGCUGGGGCCUCAGCUGAAGAUCUCCUGGAGCAGUGGCAUCAUGGCGAACAGUCCCUGGAUGUGCUGGAUUUGGUAUCCAUAUGCGUUGUUAAGGCUCCGGAGCUCAGCCAACAGGCCCAGCAGUUUUGCAUACAGAAACCUUGGAGGAAGUAGUGGGAUCACCGGGGAAAGAGGAAAGAAAUAAGGCAGCUGAGAGUCUUGUCCUGAGGCCCAGAUCCCUUGAACCCCUCAGUGAAGCUAGGUUUGAACACUAAAGAAAAUCAUGCUCUGGUAUGACAAAUUUAUCAAAGCUUCCCAAGGUCCCCAAGGGAGCCUCUGUCUGACAUUGUCUUAUCUCACCAUGCCCAGUUUUUCUUGAACACAGAGCUCUGAGGACCAAGUGUGAAGAAAACCUCAGACUUUCCAGAACUUCAAUGGUGUGGAAUCUGGGGGUCCGGCCUUCUAGAGCAGGUUCUAGAAUGUGGGUGUGUUCUAUGGUAUAAAGCAUUCCUCUUCUGGCCGAACUGGCUCAUUGAGGGAUGAGGGAGAACAGAAGUGGAGCAUACCUCAGAGCCUGGAGAGAUCAUGAACUGUUGAGCCAGGGACUGGCUUUGGCCAUGAAACUGUGAAUGACUAUAACCUCAAGGGGAAUGAAAAAGGAAUUGUCCCAAUGGAGAGGAGGGGAAGGGCCAAAGAAAGAGUGAGGAAGAGUCAUGAAAGCCUGCUUUGGUCUGGAGAAGUUGGAUUGGUGAGGGGAUGGAUGUCAUCAAUCUCAGGAAUGCUAUUAUACAGAGCCUGUGAGCUACUACUUUGCAUCUACUGAAUAAAAAAAUCUGGAAGGAGUGAGAUGAAA